AUGUUAUCCGAGGGGGUGAAAAUUGUCAAGGAACAUGCCGUAGUAGUACACGAGUCGGUGACAAAUCAACUGAAAAAGGUCGAUCCCGUGUUGUUAGUGAUUGGGACUAUUGCAGGAACCCUCGUCUAUCUAAAAACAGUUCAUCUGUAUACGAGAUCUGAUCAGCCCUUGCACAAGAGAUUAAUGGCAUGGGGUUUCCAGAAGUUUCGACGAUUGCCAGCUGUUAAACGAAAAAUCGAAAAGGAAUUGGAGAAGCCCAAACUAGAAAUUCUCGAAAGCAUUCACAAAGAUGACGUUGAUCGACAAUUUAUUGCAGCUAUUCCCGAAGAAUCGAUGUCUCAGGAAGAUUUAUUGCAGUUGGCAGAGAAAUAUGAUAACUAUGGAAAAUUUGAUGUAGCCAACGGAAAAGUCAGCGGAACCGUAUAUACGGAUCGAACCGAGAACCACAUGGAUCUUAUGGAAAAGAUUUAUCGAAGAUACGCCUACAGUAAUCCUCUUCAUCCCGACGUUUUCCCAGGAGUUCGAAAAAUGGAGGCUGAAGUAAUCAAAAUGGUGAUCAGUUUGUACCAUGGGCCAUCGGAAAGCUCUGGCUCAAUGACUACUGGGGGAACUGAAAGCAUUAUUAUGGCUUGUUUUGCAUACAGAAAUCGUGCACACUCACUCGGUAUUUCCGAUCCUGUGAUAGUCUGUCCAGUUACUGCUCAUGCAGCUUUUGAUAAAGCGGCUCAUCUUUGCGGAAUGAGAAUCAGACAUGUUUCGGUGGACAAGGACAACCGAGUGAAUUUGCGAGAGUUGGAAAGAUCUAUUGACGGAAAUACCUGCAUGCUUGUUGGGUCGGCUCCAAAUUUUCCGUCAGGAACGGUUGAUCCAAUUCCCGAGAUUUCAAAGCUUGGUCUCAAAUACAAUAUUCCCGUGCAUGUUGAUGCGUGCCUGGGUGGCUUUUUAAUUCCCUUCAUGAAAGAAGCCGGUUUUCCGUUGCCAGUUUUUGAUUUCGGAAAUCCUGGAGUAAUGAGCAUUUCGUGUGAUACGCACAAGUAUGGUUGCACCCCAAAAGGCUCUUCGAUCGUCAUGUACCGGAAUCACGAGCUUCAUCACUAUCAAUAUUUCUCAAUUCCCGAAUGGACUGGUGGAAUCUAUGCUACACCAACAAUUUGCGGUAGUCGAGCCGGAGCAAAUGCUGCUGUAGCUUGGGCAACUUUGUUAUCCUUUGGCCGUCAAGAGUAUGUGAUGAGAUGCCGGAGAAUUGUUGAAAGUGCAAAACGACUUGCCGAUGGAAUCAGUAAAAUUCCAGGACUCCAACUCAUGGGGAUACCCGAUGUAUCCGUGGUAGCAUUUCACUCCACAUCUUUUAACAUCUACGCGGUUGGUGAUCGAAUGACGAAAAAAGGCUAUUCAUUGAAUGCUCUUCAAAACCCUGAUGCUAUCCACGUGUGCCUCACUUACAAUCACGCGAAGAAUGACAUUAUCGAUGGGCUCGUUGCCGAUUUGAGAUCUGUUUGCCAAGAAGUCGAAAGCCUACCAGACAAAGGAAACAAGAGUUCAACGGCUGCAUUGUAUGGACUGGCGGCUGGCAUUCCGGAUAAGACGCUUGUUGACGAAAUGACUGCAGCAUAUAUGGACGCGUGCUAUGCUGCACCACCACCACAUCAU